AUGGCACCAGAUCUUGACGACGAUUUCAUCUUCACAAUCUCCGACCACGACGAUGUUUCCGACGACGGUGGCGCCGACGACGCCGCUGCGGCGACGGCCAAACUAGCUGGAGCCGGGAAGAAGAGGAAAUACACCGAAGAUCCAGACCUCAACGUGAAGCCCAAAGAGGUCGCGUCCAAGAAAGCAAAGAAGGAUAAGAAGAAGGGAAAGAAGGGGAAACAAGCCGACGCCGAACCAGAGCUCGAAGAAGAUGGUGAUGCGAUGCCAACACCAGGCGAAGACGUCGAACAGAACGACGACAUUGCUAGCGACUUCGAGUUCGCAGUCGGCGACAUAGACACUGGCUUUGUAGAGGAGUUCGAUGGCUGGGGCAAUGACAAUGGCACAGUAGCGCAGGAGUCACAGAAGAAGGGCAAUGCAGUCGACGUUGAUGAUAUCAUUGAGCGGAGACGGAAUAAGAAGAGCGCACAAGCAGCCAUAGACGCGGAGUCGCCAGAGGCCUCAGUCAACGGUGAUUUUGAGGGUUUUGGCGACGAUGAUGAGCUCAUGGCCGAGGACGGGUUUGGCAUGGGCGCAGCAAGCGACUCUGAAGACGAGGAGGAUCAAGAUGAAGAAGCCUCAGGUGAUGAGGGCAGUGGAGGCAAUUCCCAAGAGGACGACUCGGACGACGAAGCAGAGGUACCCCACGUACCGCAUCCCAUGGACCUCGAGGGUGCCGAGACAGAAGACGAAGUGGAGAGUGAGCAAGAGGAUGCUGUUGAGGCUAAGAAGGCAGCUGCUUUCUUCGCGCCAGAAGACAGCGUACCUAUCAAGAAGAAGAAGGGCGCGAAAGGCAGCACAGGGUCCUUCCAAGCAAUGUCACUCUCGCGACCCAUCCUACGAGGUUUGGCAUCUGUGGGUUUCACCGAGCCGACGCCUAUUCAGAACAAAGCAGUUCCCAUUGCGAUGCAAGGCAAGGACGUCGUGGGAGGAGCCGAAACUGGUUCCGGUAAAACGGCCGCCUUCCUCAUCCCUAUCCUCGAGCGUCUUCUCUACCGCCCAAAGAAGGUUCCUACAACUCGUGUCGCUAUCUUUAUGCCUACGCGUGAGUUGGCGGUGCAAUGUUUCAACGUCGCUACCAAGCUUGCGUCCUUCACCGACAUCACUUUCGCACUAAUGGCUGGUGGUUUCUCAACGCGCGACCAAGAAGCUGUCCUGAAGACACGACCAGACGUUGUUAUUGCCACACCUGGUCGUUUCAUUGAUCACAUGCACAACACAGCUGCUUUCCAGGUUGAGCAUCUCGAGAUUCUCGUCCUCGAUGAGGCUGAUCGUAUGCUCGAAGAGGGUUUCGAAAGCCAACUGACUGAGAUCCUGAACACCAUUCCAAAAUCGCGACAGACCAUGCUCUUCUCUGCUACGAUGACAAGUUCGGUUGACAAGCUGAUUCAAAUUGGUAUGGACAAGCCGGUGCGUCUGAUGGUCGAUGCCAAGAAGCACACUGUAGCUGGUUUGACGCAAGAAUUUGUGCGAUUGAGGCAAGGCAAAGAAGACAAGAGACUUGCGUACCUGAUGUACAUCUGUGAAAAGAUCUACACCGAGAAAGUCAUUGUCUUCUUCAGGCAGAAGAAGGAGGCGCAUAGGGUGCGAGUUGUCUUUGCUCUGUGUGGGCUUAAAGCCAGCGAGCUCCACGGUAACAUGAGCCAAGAGCAGCGUAUCCAAUCCGUAGAAGCCUUCCGUUCAGGCAAGUCGGCCUACCUACUGGCUACCGACGUUGCCUCACGUGGUCUUGAUAUCAAGAACGUCUCAACAGUCAUCAACUACGAAGCACCGCAGAGCCACGAAAUCUACCUGCAUCGUGUCGGUCGUACCGCUCGUGCUGGACGAAGUGGUCGGGCCUGCACGCUUGCCGCAGAACCCGAUCGCAAGGUUGUCAAGCAAGCUGUCAAGGCUUCUCGCGACCAGGGCGCCAAGGUAGUCAGUCGGCAAGUCCCUGUCGAAGAGACUGACAGGUGGAUGAAGAAGAUCAAGGACCUCGAGGGUGAGAUUGAAGAGGUUCUCGCUGAAGAGAAGGAGGAGCGUGCCAUGAGUAUCACAGAGCGUGACCUCAAACGAGGUGAGAACUUGAUACAGCACGAAGAUGAGAUCAAGGCCCGACCAAGACGCACAUGGUUCGAGUCUGAGAAGGACAAGAUGGCAGAGAGGGAAAGGGGUGCUGCCGCGCUCAACGGGCAGGCCGGAGGAUCGGUCAAGGGCAAGGAGAAGAAGAAGAAGCUCAGCGGCAAGGACCGAAAGAAGCUUGAGAUGAAGGAUGUCCGAACAGAAGGCAAGCUGUUCAAGAAGGGCAAGGCUGAUCGAGGCCUAAGUACCGGCAAAGCAAAGGAGAAGCAAGCUCACGCGAAGAGUAAGUCCAAGAAGAUUGCGGCGAAGACUGGAUCGUUCAAGGGCUUCAAAGACUAG